AUCGUUUUAGUCUAAUACAAGUCAACACACUGAAGUGCCAACAAAAAUUUUUAUAUUAAUUUAAAAUGGAAAACGAAAUUUUUUGCAAACGCAAGGGAUCAACGGACAAAGGAAAACUUUACGAAGAUUUAGUCACCGCUGAUUUAAUUCUAAAAUUAUUGACUGAACAAAAUGUAAAUAAUUUUAAACUCUCAUCCAAUAAUGAAGAAUUCGGAGCUUUCGACGAUGUAGUUUUAAAACUUGAUACUGGGGAGAUCUACGCCUUGCAACUGAAACACUCAGAUAACAACGAUAAAGCUGUAUGUGAAAUAGAUUUAACAGGAGGGAAGAAUUUCAAACCUCGGUUCGACCUCAAAAAAUACUACGAGUCUUAUAAAAACAUCAAAGUGCCUUGUAAAGUCAUACUCUUCACUAAUCGAACCUGCGAUAUUAGUGACCAAGAAUUUCCUUUGAACCAAAACACCACAAUAAAAUGUUUAAAGUGCAGCACCAAUCCAAUAAGCUUACUGAACCAUUCUGAAAACGGCACUUGGCACACUUUUGAGGUCGUUAGAACUUCACCUAAACAACGUGACGAUUAUCAGGCCUUCUUCAACAAUUUUUACCUCUUUUGUGGACAAGCAAACGUCGAAGAACUUAGAGCUAAAAUCAUAGCACGAUUUCAAGAAACCAUCUCUUGUAGCAAAUCGCUUUGCGACCAAUUUCUCCAAUUCGUAUCAAGCUGGAGUUUCCGCGAAGGAGAGAAAGAAAUGUUGGACAAAACCACAAUGCAACGUGUGUUAGUUCUUUUCCUACUGGAACGCUCAAUCCAAGGAUUUGACUUUAAACCCGUCAACCAAGAGAGAAAACUGUUACAAGAAGUGAUCUCUCUGUUUCAUGUUACACUCAUCGGAGAGGAUUCUUGCGAAAAAGUUAAACAAAUUUGGGGAGAUUUUGGCGACGAAUUUGAAAAUAAUGGAGCAGAAGUGGCAAAAAUACGAGCCAAAUAUCAAAUAAAAUCAUUCGAUGAAUUAGAUAGUAGUGACAAAGCAAAAAUUUUGUGGUUGAUGGGAAAGUGUCCUCUAGUUAUUGCAGCUGAUAAUGGGACAAUGAGUAAGGUAUUGCAACUGUGUCCCAACGAAAAAUUUGUUUUGCUCACAAGCCAUGAGAAUGUGAUCACACUGGAGGGUUCUUUUUUUCGAAAUUUAUCAGACUUGGAUUUAAGUUCAGAUAUUUGCCAAAAAAUUCUCCGCACGUUUUGCUGCUCCAUUCAAGGAAAAGACAAGAGGAGUUUAAAAUGUUUCGUUGAUCGGAAUAAAAAUUUUCGAGAAAACGUAACUGUCAGUGAUUUAAUAAAUAUGACGGAUGGUCCUCGCCUCAUUGGAGAAGAAAAAGAAAAAGCUCCAGACCCGUACAUUACCAGAUUUUUGACAACUAAUUUAAUAAACAUAAAAUAUUUAACAACUGUCGAUGAAAACACACUCGUCGUUCUUGACUGCAUGAAUAAAAUUGAUAAGAUCAAAAGGCACUUGGGAAAUUUUAAUCUGCACAAAGUUGCAACAUAUCUGAAGGAUCUUUCGCUUUAUAACCAGGAUUCAAACCAAGUAACACUGUUCCAUUCAAGCCCAAUCAUAAAACAAUUUGUUUCGGGUCCCGAUAUGUACGUAAGCGAGGCCCAAUGUACACCGGUGGAAUUUGAAGAGAUUUGUCAAAGAAACAAAAACAAGGAGAAGUGCCACCACUUCAGAGUAAUCGACGAAAUGACAUUAGAAUGGAUAAGGAGCAGAAAAAGCAUCACAACUUUAGAGCAAUUCCGAAUUGAUGGAACCUACAUUAAAGAAUCGAGUCUUUACGGCUUAGAGCCGGAAAACAACGUAAAUUUAGUGAACGGAGACCCUGGAAUGGGAAAAUCGGAGUUGCUGAAAAAUAUCAAGAACAAUUCAAAUCCGGAGAUUCUGUGCAUCUUUUUCCCUUCGAAAGAUACAACUCUACUUUGCUCACAGCUUGAAGGCAAAAGUGACUUGUACGAGGCUUUUGUCAGUUUCAUUCUUAAUACGAAAUAUCGGGCGUUCCCGAGUUUCGAUAAAAAAGUCAUAAAGUUUUUAAUUGACACAGAUCAAGUGAUGUACUUUUGGGACGCCUUGGACGAAGUUUCCACAAAAAAUAUGAAGACAACUAUAGACCUUAUUGAGAUAUUGAAAGGUAAAAGUUUGUGUCAGUGGGUGUCCAGUCGCUGCCACCUCAAGGGUCAUCUGGAGAAGAAAUUCAACGUUCUUUCCAGAAACAUAAACCAGUUUGACGAAGAGGAACAAUCUCUCUACAUACAUAAACGGCUUGGACGGUUAUAUUCAGAGGACGACAUCAACAAAGUGAUUGAAAAAAUCCGAUCCGCUGUCACUUUAAUGAAGCACAACGACAUUUUGGGCAUCCCUUUGCAAGUGUUUAUGCUAACCGAGCUCUUCCUUCAAGACAAGGAAAAGUACUUCAAUCUUUUGAAAAACAUGUUUUCUUUAGCCGACCUCUACCACUACAUCAUCGAGGAGAAAUUCAACGUCUAUUACAAGGAGAAAGCCGGGAUUUCUUCACCUAACGACGCUUUAGAGCGAAUCCUGAUGUUCCACCGCAAAAACAUGUACGAAAAUUACGAAAAAGCCGCCUUGAAGGCCUCAAUCACUAAGGAAAUUCUCAAACGUUUCCACAUAAACUGCGACAAUUUUUUAAAAGAGCUUGAAACCGGCGACGACAACAUUGGCUUGAUCAAAGAGGUCACUAACAGUUUUCCCCAGUUUCAGCACAAUUCCUAUGCUGAGUAUUUCGUCGCCACUUACUUUAUCGCACAUUAUGAGGAAAUACCCGAGUUGCGGAGCCUUCUGUUCGACAAGCGACACGCAAAUAUCCGAUUCUUCUUCGACCUGCUGACGGCGAAAGACUCGCCUUCGCUUGUGGCAGUUUUGUGCAAAAACAUCGACUUGUUGAAAAAACACCAAGAGGAUUUGGAGCGCAGCGAGGACAAACGAGGCAGAAACGCCCUACAACUGGCGUGCUCGUGGGGACAGAGGUACCCGAUUUUAGAAGUUGAAAAGGAUAACGGGACUUGGAUUUUGGACAACACCAAUGAUAACACUCUUUGUGGCGAAACGCCGGAGUAUAACGAAAUUUUGCAGUAUCUUUUAGAGCACUGUAACGUGACGGAAACUUGCAAGUUGUUUAAUUUGUCGUGUGUGAGGUAUGCCGAAGAGAGCGAUUGUCUUAUGACGAAACUGAAGAUUCUCUUGAAGCAGAAUAACAAGUUUUCGAAAUUGAAGAACGACAAGGAAGGGAUCAGCAUUCUGUACUAUUGCACCAAGUUUGGCUACGACGAAGUUAUCGACUUGUUUGAAGAUUUGCCCUUUAUUAGGAUGAAAGUCAACGAUUUUACGUUAUUACACCUAGCUGUUGAGUGCGAACAAGAAAAAUAUCUGAGACGACUCCUUCAAGUUCCAGGAUAUCAAAAAACCAUAGAUAAAAAAGAUAAAUUCGGGAGAACACCACUUUAUUUAGCUUGUCAGUUAGGUUUAUACAAAAUUGUUGAAUUAUUGAUCGAAAGUGGAGCCAAUGUUAAUUACUCAACACCUCUUCAUAUCGCUUGCCUCCACGCCCAUGACAACAUCGUCAAAUUGCUCCUGAAAGCCGGAACAGACAUAAACGCCACCGACAGUUACAACAUAACUCCUCUGCACACAGCUUCCUGGAACGGCCACCACACCACUGUCCAAAUCCUAACUGCAAACAAAAAUGUUGAAAUCGAUGUUCAAACAUCAGGUGGUUGCACUCCUCUCUACGUGGCUGCAAGAAACAAGCAUGACAGAGUUGUGGAAUUGUUGAUUGAAGCAAAGGCCAAUGUUAAUCUAGCGCAAAAAGAAAAUGUUACACCUCUUAUGAUAGCAUCACAAGAAGGACACCAAGAAAAUGUUAAGCUGCUGAUUCAAGCUGGUUCUGAUGUCAAUCAAGUGGCAACGACGGGGGAAUCACCACUUUACGUGGCUUGCCAGAAUGGUCACGAUGUUGUGGUUGAAAUGCUUCUAGAAGCGGGAGCAAAUACCGAAGCGUUUGCAGACAAUGGAUGGAGUCCUGUUUUUGUAGCGUGUCAGCAAGGACAUGUUGGGGUUGUUCAGUUGUUAAUGAAAGCUCAUGCAAAUUUGGGUAUUAAAGAUAAGACUGGAAGAACCCCUUUGAUGGUUGCUUUUGAUAAUAGACACCAGGAAAUUGUAAAAUUAUUAGGAAAAAAUUGUAAUUAAAAUUAAAUUAAAGGUUCCUGACGUCAGCUAUACUUAUUUUUUUGUAUUUAACUCAGCCUUUAUAAUGUGAUAGUACCAGACAAUUAAAUAAAAAUAAGUUUUUUUAAUGACUUACUUAAAAAAAAUUGAAACCAAUAUAUAGUUAAGGUAUAUAGGCAACCAAUUUUACUCAUGAGAUAAUGAGAAAUUUGAGCCUUUUUCUUUAUCAGUUAAUUUAUUUAUUAUCUUUAACUCAUUGUAAUUGCAUUUAUUCAUUUAUUGUAAGGUAAAUAAGGCGUAUUGUUGAUACUUUAAUCUUUUUACUGGUUAUGCUGACAGCGCGGCAAAAAUGUAAGGUUAGAACAAAAAAUUUUGAAGACUUGUGUGAGCCUUUUAAUUAUGGAUUUAGACGACCUGUUAGGCCCCCAUUACUUGAACUUAAAUUUCAGUGACGAUUUUUUAAAUGAAAGUGCACCAAAACUCUCAAUUGAACUGCCUUAUCCUAUUCACAAGCCGCUGAAAGACCUAAACCUUGACAUAAUUGAUGAGUUUCACCAAAAUGCGAGCCUUUACUCUCACAAAUUAUCAACCUUACAUAAAGAUUUUCGUUUUGCGAGAGAUAAAGUCAUGAAUCAGACGUUUACAGACUCACAUGCUACAAUUACAAGGGGGUUGUUAGACUUUUGUAAUACGGAAAAGCCCGGAAUUCAAUUCCCCUGCGAUUACAACCCUUACUACACCUCGGGGUUUCUUGAAUAUGUUAUUUUGGACAAUGUGGAGUAUUUAAUGCGACCAGAUUGCGACAAUAACAUUCGGUUGACAAAAUUGGCAAAGCCUUGGAAAAAUAGAAAAAUCAAAGUUGAAGUUCCAUUUGAAGAUAACAUAACUGGAAUCUCAUUUAGUAGUGGUUCCAGUUGUUUAUUAGUGAGACACAAAAGUCACAUAAACUUGCUCAAACUGACCGAUCUUGAGGGAGAAAUAAGACAAACAAAAAAGUUCAAAAAGUUUCUCCUUGAUUCCCAAAUCUGCGAAGGACAAUUUGGAGUCGUUCUCUCCGACACAAAAUUCAGAUUAUACGACGUUGAAACUAACAAAAGAAUUAGUCUCGACGAUAAAACUGUUGACUCCGUCACUCGUUGUGAAUUUGCGAAUGAGAUGAUUAUUCUUUUGGGCCGGAAAAAACUCAAACUUUUUGAUAAACGUUCAAAUGACUUUGAAAUUUUUGAGCCGGAAUUGCAGCCUUGUAAUUUCUUCUGCUCUGUUAAAGCCCACGGGGACUCACUUUAUGUGGGCUCAAGACAUUGUUUAAUGCGAACUGAUGUCAGGUUUUUGAAGAAUUUCGAUUUUUGCACGCAUUUGAUGAAAUACGGGCCUUGUUACAUGGACUUAGUUGAAGGUUUCUUGUGUCUUUCGAGUCAGAAAGUUGGGGAGAAAGUUAUGUUCAGUGGAGAGCCUAUUAGUAGUUUGCCUUUUAAAGUCCCGAGUAUCGUUGAAACUUUCAGUGAGUGUCGGUUAAAAAAGGAUGUAUUAUUAGUGGAUGGUAUUAAGGAAAGAGUUGCAAAAUCAGUUGGAGGUGUUAAAAUAAUUCACGAAAAUAAUGAUUAUUUCCUCUACAGUGCUAACAGUUUGGGCGAUAUUUUUAAACAAAAAAUCACAACCAACUCAGACUGUGAUGAAACAAAACCAGUGGACUCGUUUCACUAUUGGGUGAAUAAACUACCAGAAAAGCCCAAGCCGUUGCACUUGACCAGUGUUGAAAAUGCAAGCUUGGCAAGGUUUGUUCUAAACAAAGGUAUCGACCAUGAGAAAUCGAAAAAAUACAGCCCUGUGACCAAAAAAACCACUCGUUUCCUCACCCACUUUAACAAUGUGUACAACAAAGCGAAUUUGAGCGAGUUAGCUCAAAAUUUCUUAUCGGUUUGGGACGACGAAGACGAGGAGGAGCGCCUUGAAGUGGUUAGCGAAGUCCCCGAAGUUGCCCCGCUCGAUAAAGUCACCAGUUGGAUCGAAUCCAACUAUUUCUUUUAAAUUUCCCGCCGGUCAAAAUUGCGGUUAUGUCGAUUUGUCAAGUGUCAACCUCGUGUGUAGAAAUUUUAAAAUAGUAAAAAAUGCCGAAAAAAAAGACAGGACAAAGGAAAAAAGCCGAAAAACAGAAACUGAGACAAAAGGAGA